AUGAAGUCUCAAAUUGUGACCCAAUUCCACCUGGAAGAAGGGCUAAAAGGUGCCAUUAAAUUUGACGAAAUGGUUCUACAUUACCAACCAACCUUCUGCCUAAAAACACAAAAAAUUGUUGGAUUUGAGGCAUUAAUGCGCUGGAAUCAUCCUCGCUUUGGGUACAUCCCUCCAGAUAAUUUCAUUCCCCUUGCUGAAGAAUCAGACAGUAUUCACACCCUUGGCCAUUGGGCUCUGGAAGUCGCGUGUCAACAACUCUCCAACUGGCGUAAAAUGUGGUCUGAAGCGCAAGAUUGGUUUAUCGCUGUUAAUGUAUCAGCACGCCAACUUGCUCAUAAGCAAUUUAUCAAUCAAGUCAAAGAAACAAUUCACAGAUUUGAACUUCCUCCAGAAAAGUUACACCUUGAGAUCACAGAAACAUCUCUUGUAGACAACCUUGACCAAUGCGAAAUUCUUUUAACAGCAAUCAAAGAGUUAGGCGUCCACUUAGCCAUUGAUGAUUUUGGAACGGGAUAUUCAUCUCUGGCAACGUUACACCAACUCCCCUUUGAUACUUUAAAAGUUGAUCGUAACUUUAUUGCCACCCUUUCAAAAGAUAAAAAAUCUUUUAAAACUCUCCGUGUCAUUCAAAUUUUAGCCAAAGAGCUUGGAAUGAACACGAUUGCCGAAGGCGUUGAAACAAACGACGAGCAAAAACUUUUACGUCAAGCAGGAUAUGACUUUGCUCAAGGAUUUCUUUUCUCAGAAGCUCUAGAAAGCUCCAAAAUUGAAACCCUUAUUUCAAGUUCACUUCAGAAAAAAAAUGCUGUUUAG